AUGAACCCCAUGGAGGUGGUGAUGAUGGUAGUAACGGUGGUGUUUUGUUACUGUUGUGCAGUAGCAGACCAAAAACACAAUCAAAAAACGUAUAUCGUUCACAUGGACAAGUCAGUCAAGCCAUUAGUGUUUUCCGACCACCUGCAGUGGUAUGCAAAUUGUAUGAGAUCCGUUUCCGAGUCCACGAAUAUGUUGUAUGCGUAUGAUUAUGUUAUGCAUGGGUUCUCGACCAGGCUAAGUGUUGAUGAAGCGAAGCAACUUGAACAGCAGCAUGGGAUUUUGUCGGUUCAAGAAGAGGUGAUAUACAAGCUUCAUACUACUCGGUCACCGGAGUUUCUUGGACUACAAAGCCGCGGCAUGAUCGUUUCUGGGUCCAAAUCAGGUGGUGAUGUGAUUGUCGGAGUGGUGGAUACUGGUGUGUGGCCGGGAAGUAAGAGCCUAGACGAUACAGGGUUUGGCCCAAUUCCCGUAUCCUGGAAAGGUGAAUGUGAGACUGGUACAGGUUUCAAUGUAUCAAGCUGUAAUAAGAAACUAAUAGGCGCCAGGUACUUCUCGAUAGCAUAUGACGCAGCUUAUGGACCAAUUGAUGAAAAAUUGGAAUCUAUGUCUCCUGUAGAUGAUGAUGGACAUGGAACACACACAGCAACUACAGCUGCUGGUUCCAUGGUCACGGGAGCUAGUUUCUUUGGGUUUGCAAAAGGAACAGCACGUGGGAUGGCCCCUCAUGCAAGGCUGGCAGUUUAUAAAGCAUGUUGGGCUGCGGGAUGCCAUGGAAGCGACAUAUUAGCUGCCAUGGAAAAAGCAAUCACCGAUGGUGUCCAUGUGUUAUCAGUGUCGAUAGGAGGCACGCUUUCUGAUUACACCAAUGAUUUCGUUGCUUUUGGAGCAUUCAAGGUAGUAUCACAUGGGAUAUUUGUAGCAAGCUCUGCGGAUAAUAAUGGACCGGAGCCUUCAAACAUAGCGAAUGUCGCUCCGUGGAUAGCUACAGUAGGAGCAGGAACACUUGAUCGUGAUUUUCCGGCCUAUGUUACCCUCGGAAAUGGAAAGAAAUUUAGAGGAGUGUCACUUUACUCUGGAAAACCUUUAUCACGUACAUUGAUUCCAUUGGUUUUUGGUGACCUGUGUACGCCGGAUUCGUUGCCACCGGAAAAAGUUGCCGGCAAGAUUGUGAUGUGUGAACGUGGGGAAUUUUCAAGGUUGGAGAAGGGCAAGGUGGUGAAGAAAGCUGGAGGUGCUGGAAUGAUUCUAGCUAACCCUGAUACAUUUGGGGAAGAACUCAUGGCUGACCCACAUGUCCUACCAACCGCCGCCGUAGGUGAGAGAACUGGCGAUGCAAUAAAAAGGUAUAUAUCCUUGGAUAAUAAUCCAACGGCUACGAUUGCAUCUGGAGGGACCCAGUUAGGAAUCCAACCAUCACCAGUUGUCGCAUCAUUUAGCUCUCGAGGUCCCAAUCCCAUCACAGCAGCGAUACUCAAACCUGAUUUAAUAGCGCCAGGUGUUAACAUUCUAGCAGGUUGGACCGGAAAAGUCAGUCCAACCGGGUUAGCCGAAGACCCUCAGCGAGUGGAAUUUAACUUCGACACUGGAACCUCGAUGUCGUGCCCACACGUAAGUGGGUUAGCCGCCCUGAUAAAGGCUGCCCACCCUGAAUGGAGUCCAGCGGCUAUUAGAUCAGCGCUUAUGACCACCGCAUAUAGCUCGUAUAAAAAUGGUGAAGGCUUGAGAGAUGCUGCAACCGGAAGACCAUCAACCCCGUUUGACCAUGGUUCAGGGCAUGUUGACCCGGUUAGAGCCCUUGACCCUGGUCUGGUCUAUGAUGCUUCUGCUAACGACUAUUUGAGCUUUCUUUGUGCUUUGAAUUAUAGCUCAGCUUCAAUUAAGAUGUUUGGAGGUGGAAACUUUAAAUGUGGAAAGAAAAACAGGGUAGAAGAUCUUAACUACCCGUCUUUUGCAGUGCCUUUGCUUACGGAUUCCAUCAAAGAUAAUGGAAGCAGUGGGCCAACCGUUGUUAAGUAUAGAAGGAGUCUGACAAAUGUGGGCAAUCCAGCAACUUACAAGGUUUCAAUAUCAUCAAAGGUGCCGGCUGUGAAUAUCACGGUUGAGCCUGAUAAGCUAACGUUCGUCAAGCAAGGUGAGAAGAAGGCAUAUACUGUCACAUUUACUGCUACUUCCAUGCAAUCGGGGACUAAAAGCUUUGCUUGUCUAGCAUGGUAUGGAGGAAAAUAUGUUGUAAAUAGCCCAAUAGCUUUUAGCUGGAUGUGA